UCAUUUCGUUUCUAACAUCUGAACGGAGUGGUUGUGUUUUUAAUUUUUGUCUUGCCGCUCUCUUAUCAGAUUUUAUUCUAUUGAUACUGAAAACUUAAACUGAACUGUUGCAGUAAAUUCUCAUAAUUUAAUUUUGCCCUUUGUGUCUAAGUCUAAUUUUUACUUCUUUCCUGACUUAUAUAAUGUUUUUCUAAUAAACAAUAUAAAAAUAUAAAACAAAUCUAAAACAUUGUAAACUUAGAAAGAACCAAAACAAAAAACAUUCUUCUGUGAAAGUUUAAAACAUUUAAUUUUUAUAAAUAGCUAGGUAGUUGUUUUUUUGUUUGUUUUUUGUUCUCAAGUGAAAUUUCCAUUCAUCUUUAGUUGAGUGCCCUUUCGCAAUUAGACUAAUUGGAUUUCUUUUGCACACUUUUUUAUUUUAUUGUUGUUGUUGUACACUACCCUACCUACUACAGCAAUUAAGAUAAGAUGACGUCGACUCAUUGGGAAGAGUUCUAUGCGAAGCAUCUUCCACCAGCUGACUUCGAGGAUAAUCGAUCUCUACUCAAGGAAUUUUGUGACCGUCAUAAUAAACUACAAAAUCGAAUUGUCCUAGUUACGUCUGGUGGCACAACUGUCCCUCUGGAACAUAAUACCGUACGUUUUGUGGACAAUUUUAGUGCGGGGACACGUGGCUCCUCGUCAGCGGAAUAUUUCCUCGACCAUGAAUACGCUGUGAUUUUUAUGUACCGUCAAAAAUCACUAGAACCAUUUACGCGUCACUUCACGGGUCAGCAAUUUUUCGAUAUGUUAGACAUCACGGACGAUGCACGAGGCACAGCGAUAACAGUGAAACCAGACUCCGUAGAUGUGUUCGCACCAAUCCUGGCCAAGUACAAAAAUGCCCGCGAAUCCCAAAUGAUUUUGUACGUUAGUUUUACGAGUGUUGUAGAUUAUAUGUGGCUUCUAAGAGCUGCAUGCGAGUGCCUAGCUGCUUUUGAACAUAGGGCUGUUCUUUACCUGGCAGCAGCUGUAUCUGACUUUUACAUUCCACAAGAUAAAAUGCCAACUCAUAAAAUGCAAUCGGGAGAAGGAGAACCAACAAUAUCCCUACAAUUGGUGCCUAAAAUGCUUGCACCAUUGGCUAACUUAUGGGUACCACAUGCAUUUGUAGUUUCCUUUAAACUCGAGACUGACGAGAGUCUAUUGAUAGUCAAGUCACGAGAUAGUCUCAAUAAAUAUAAACACAAACUAGUUAUUGCCAAUAUACUACAAACACGUAAGCAUCGUGUAGUAUUUGUAACACCAACCACAUCCUAUGAAGUGCAUUUAACACGCGAACAAGGCUUAGCCGGACUGGAAAUCGAAGAACCAAUUGUGGCUGAUGUUGUUCAGAAACAUAGCGAAUUCAUUGCCUCAAUAAAUCGACAAUGACCAAUGUCGAUGCGUCAAAGGCGUACCAUCCAAGUUGACUGUCGUGUAACUACUCCUCACUUUUGCCGUCUACUUAAUCCAGGUCAUGGUAUGGGUCGUAAGUACUAGACCUAAGUUAUUUAUAGAUUUCCAAACAACAACAAAUAAUCAAAACAAGAAAUGGCUUCCCGCAUUUUAAGCAAACAAAAAGAAAAUGUGAUGACUAAAACAAAAAUAGAAGGCAAAUAAAAAAUUAAGCCACAAACUACCAAAAAGUUUUGAUAACUCUGUUGAAAGCUAUGAUCAAACAUCACAAAACUCCAACAACAAUAUAAAUUAAUAUAAAUAUUUAUAGAUAUAUUUUUUAAUUUAAGUACAUUUUUUUUUUGCUAAAACAAUAAUAAAAUGGAUAUAAAGGGUAUUUGUAGUUUUACAUAAAAAGAAUUUAAAACAUUAAAAAAAAGAUUAAAAAAAGAUACAAAACAAAUUAGACCAAUUUCGAUUAAUAAACAAAUGCGUAAUGAUAAAUGUAUAAUUUUAAUAAUAAUACAAAAAAUCGCCAAAAAUAUAAGAAAAACAAACAAAGAAAGCGAGAGUAAAAUGAAACGAUAAAUAUUAUAAUUAAAACAAAAACAUUUAAAAAAAAACACCAAAACAUUUACAAUAUUUUCGAAGGUAUUAAAAUAUAAAACAAAAAGAAGAAACAAAAACUCUAUACAAACUUUUACCCCUGCUAUUUGUAUUGAUAUUACUAACGACUGAAUGUGAUUUCAAAUUGAAUAACAAAACAAAAAGAUAGAUAUUGAAAAAUUUAUUAUACUUAAUAAUUAUUAACUUUACAUAAAGAAUGUGAAUCAAUAAUGUUUUUGUUUGAUAUUAUUGAAGAAAUAUGUUUUUUCUAAAUUCAUAUUAUUUGCUUAUCCUGCAACCAAUUGUUAAAUUUAUAAUUAAGUCCUAAUUGUUAUUAAUGGUUUUUAGGAGUUUGGGGUACUUGUCUUUAUUACCGAUGUCGUUUAAGGGGUUAGGCCACCCUAGGGGCCGGUGGAAAUUAGGGUUUUUAAAGCAACAAGUACUGUAAUUUUGAAAUUUUGAAAUCUUAAUGAGUUAAUGAUUUGUUUGGAUGUACUGCGAGAAAAGUACGUAGGGUUUUUGACCAAAUGGCGCACUUCUUAAGUGACAAGUGCGUCUUCAAAAUCGACACAUAAUUGCUAACAACAAAUUAAGUACGCAAUGUAAAAGCAAACUAUACGCACUUCGAUGUUAAAUUAACCUUCAAAAAUAUAUUCCAGGGUAUAGGUCCGGCACACUUAAAAAAGGCAAUUUUGAGCUAAAUUCGUUUUGAAAAGUUUUGAAUAGUAGAAAUCAUGAGUAGUUUUGCAAUACCUUUAAUUCACACGGAAUUAAUUUCUAUGAUCCUUGGGAACAAUUCAAGAUUAAAAAAUUGAUUUUUCGAAAAUUCUAUGGUGGCCUAACCGCUUCGGAAAUUUGUAGUUUUGGACAAGGCAAAUUUAAAAAUAAGGAAUACAGUUAAGUAAAGAGAAUACCUAUUAUGAAGUCCAUAGAUACAAAUUUUGUUAUUACAUUAGCUCUUGUGUCUUUCACAGUACUUUGAUUUACGCGAUCGAUGAGCUCAUUCUUCCAGAAUUUCGACUUCAAACGCUUCCAGUCCUCCCAAAUUAAGAUGUCAGAAACGUGUUGUUUACAAUUUUAGCUUAACUUCGGAGAAUCGAAAGACUAACGAUAACGCUCAAGUGGUAAAUAUUGAUGAGUAUUCCCGAUAAAUUUAGUGAUCGUUUAGUUGAUGAAUAUAUUUACUUGUUGACUUCUGAGUAAUGGUCCACGGCAUCCUAUCCCAUCUAAUAUUUGUAGAUUAUUCAAAUUAUUCGGAAUCUCGCUAAAUUUGCUUCUUCAGCCGAGGUUUUCAGACUUGUUAGAGUGCUUCGCUAGCACUAAUUAACACUUGCACCACUCGAUUUAGUUUUGCUUCUCUCUCAGAAUUACAAAUCGGAACAUUAUAUUUUUUUAUUAUAAUAUUUAAAAUGCAGAAAAUGCUUUAAAAACACCGGUGAGGGAAGUCUUAGGCUAUACAAAGUUACACUGAUGAAUAAGAACUAGAAUAACUAAAAAAUAAUAUACCUAAUAGUAUUUACUAAUCCAACAAUUUGUUUUUAAAGAUGAUAGACCGCAAAAGACCUCCAAGCUCAAAAAAAUGUUCAUUGCAUCCUAAAGGAUCGCUUUAAUUAUUGUCAUUAUGGACUGCUCCAAUUCAGUCAAAUUCGUUUUGUACACUUCCAGCUUGACUUACAAAAAGGCCUGGUGCAGUCAAGUCAGGUGACCUUUGUGUGGGAAUUUUCAUUGGAGUUCCACCAUAACUGGUCUAGCUAUAUAUGCAGUUGCUUUAUUUUGCUAAAACCAAAUGCUGUUCAUUCAAUCAUUCAACAUCUUUAAAUAAGGGUUCCCAUUGACAAUUACUGUAACACCGUUUACUUCAAGGAACUACAAUACACCUUACAUAGCACACAGUUACUUGUUCUAGAUGAAGUUUUGUCUAAUUUAGUAUUUCUUCUUUCGUCUUAAAGUAUCUGCUGUAAUGAACGCCUUAUUACCUCUAUUUUGCUCAGACAAAUUUCGGGUGGUGAUGAAUUGAAAACGCAAAACUAUAUCUAAGCAAAAGUUUAUUUUAAUAAAAGAAAAAAAAAAGAAUGAUUUGCGUAAGAAGUUUAUAGACAAAAAGAAUGAAGUGAAUAUUCAGUCGUUUGGAAUUCAAAAAGUAAUAUUAUUACCAAAUAUAAUAUAAAUGUUAAUUGUUCUGUCACUGGCAGGGCAUUGCCAGAGCGCUGGUUUAUAUUUCUUUUAGCUCUAACAGGAUUUGCCAAUUUUCCUGAAUCCGAACAUUUGAAUCUCGAUGGUACAGUCCUCGUGCGAUUCUUCCAGAUUCGGCAAACAUGAUCAUAAUUGUCCAUUUACACGGGGUAGUACCGCCAAACUCCUGCCUAAAUUCCAUUAGAAAUGACUGGCUGCAAAGCAUGGUACCGUUGCAAUUUCCAAAAUCUUUUUUUUUCAGUAUCUCAAGCAUUCACUUUGAUAAAUCUGAAUAGUAACCUGCAAAAUAAAAAACAAAACGAUUAAUCACACAAAAAAGAGUUAUAAUGUUUUAUUUCAGUAGCACGAUUGUAUUUUGUACCGUAGUGUUAUUAAUUUCAUUAUAACAAUGUUAUUUAUUUGUCAAAUUAGAAAAACUUUAAAUUAUACAAAGUGUUCACUUUCAAUUCGAAUGAAUCGGAGCAGACUCGUCGUUAAUUCAAUUUUGACACUUAGUUCUGUUUGUUCGCUUAAGGCGACAUCUGAUUGUCUUUUGAUUGUAGUUAAAAGCUAAAGCUGUAGUGCCACCUUUCUAAAACUAAAUCAACAACAAACUACAUGAUUUAAAAUUUUACUGCAAUGUAAAUACCGUGUUAACAGUUUAAAGAAGACCUCCUCAUUGAACGACCAAUCUUCAACCCAUAUCCUUAUAACUUUUUGAAAAUCCGCAUGUUUCCAUCUGAAAACAGAAAGUCAAGUUAAAGAUUCACUAAAGUGACUGUAUUUCCAUGUGUACAGUAAUGAUAAGGAGGGUCCUGGUCUUGACUUGUACUGAUUCGAAAGGCAAAAGGAACACCAAUUAGUCUUCUUUCGGGUUUUGUUUUACAAAUGAAUAAAUCAGCAACACAUUUAAUAAAUUAUGUUCUGCUCAAUUAUUUGGAACUGUUGUCCAAUCUUCUGCAUUGUCAAUUAUGGCCUGGCACCACCGUUGGGGCGUUCUUUCCACUAGUUUUUCUGCAUAUUCUACCGGAAAAUACGUCCAAAUAUUCCGAAUUUUUCGAGAAAGUUGAUCUAAAUUACAUGGCUUGCGUCGGCGAAACUGCAUUUUCAUCAAAGCCCACAUAUUUUCAAUGGGAUUUGCAUCCGGUGACUGAGAUGGCCAGUCUUAAGUUAGAACUUCGUUUCGCGCAUUUCACUCGCUACAAUCUCGACUCCGAUAUUUUGGAUCGUUGCUUAGCAGAUGGUAACAAAGCCUUUUGAUAUAUUUUAUUCAUUUUUUCGGCAUUUAAGUAAGAACAAAGUACAGAAACCUUUGUUUAAGAAGCAACCCCCAAAUAUGGACCUUGAAGAGGUGUUUAACAGUCCGUUGAAGCAUCCUACUAGUGGAGGUUUUCUAGGCGUUUUUGAUGCUCGGAAAUGCCCAUAAGGAGGAUUCAUCAGAAAAAAUUACGUUGCUCCAAUCGCGGUCCAAGUUUGUCUUUGCCCAUUCCAAUCGUUUUGCAACGUAUUUUGCACUCAACAUUGGUUUUUCCAAAGUACUGCGAUAUUUCAGUUUAUUGGCAAGCAAGUGCCUGCGAAUCCUUCCGUAAGAUAUGUCAACAACUUUUUUCUUUCAAUUUCACAGCAACUUUACGUAAAGUUGGGUCUUUCGAGAAAAAUGAGAGAAUCUAUUUUUAGUCUUUUUUUGAGACGCUUGCACUUCAGCGAUCAGGAAAAUCAUCAAUGUUACCGACCUUUUAAUAGUUAUUUAUUAACUUGGUAACGAACUGCUUGACUUUCCCAUAUAUUUCGCAGCAGCGUUUGCGUUAAUUUGGGUCCUUUUUCAUGUAAACAUAGAAAAAUUGCCUCAAAGCGAGAGGCGUAAACAGCACUCAUUUCGAAAAAUCACUCAAUUGAAGACUGAAUUUGACAAACAACUGACUUUUUACAAAAAGCAUGAAGGACUGAGGUGCCCUUUAUGUCAUAGAAAAAGAAAAAGGACUCUGAAUUUUUUAUCUACGUGUAACAGUGGAAACGCUCUUAUGUAACAGACUGUAUGUACUUUGUAAUACAUUUUUUUCUUCUUUAUUUAAUAGUCAGUUAUGAUUAUUUUCUUGGAGGCUCAAUACUUGCUUAUGGUUUAUAACUGCAAAAUACUUACGAUUCAUGGACAAUAGACGUGUCACCGACUUGCCUGGCGACUGAAAAAACGACUUCUCAAGCUUUAUUUGAAUUUCUCUUUAAAACAAACACUUCUUUUAGUUCGAAAGACUUUAAAAAACUUUAUUUAAAAAAGUAAUAAUUAAUAGAGUUCAUUUUGUUUAAAAUAAUUUGUAACUUACUCUUGGUCUGCCGUGGCUGCUGCUCGUGAUUUCUGUUCCCUUUGUGCAAUUUACAAAUAUAAAAUGGCUUCUUAAAAUUUUCGCACAUUCCAGAACGAUGAGUGCGUUCAGAGUCAGUUAAAACGAGCAACAUUCACGGAGAUCAAGAGCAAGUUCACACGAGGUUGGGCGUUGGUAACAAGACGUUUUCACGACAUCGGUAAUAGGGGUUUACUUGUUUAAUGUAUGAUGAUGGCUAUAUGUUUUUUUUAAACAACUUGCGAUUUUGGCAAGAAAGUCCUUUUCCAAUCGUUUCCCUAGAAAAUAAUACCAACAUAACUAUUGUAAACAUCAAAUAAAUUGUGAAUGAAAUCAUAUCAAAUUUUUGCUCCUUAAAAACUUGUGAGCUAUUUUUAUUUUAGUGCCUCAUAACAAAACUAUACUA